AUGCUUGCUCUCAUUGUGAGAGGAGGUUUUCUACAAAAACCUUAUGCUUGCUCUCAUUGUAAGAAGAGAUUUUGUACAAAGACAGAGCUUACCCGUUAUAUACGAACACAUACUGGAGAAAAGCCUUAUGCUUGCUCUCAUUGUGAGAAGAGACACUCUACAAAGGGUGAUCUUGCCCGUCAUAUGACAACUCAUACUGGAGAAAAGCCUUAUGCUUGCUCUCAUUGUGAGGAGUGGUUUCCUACAACGGGUGAAUUAACCCGUCAUGAAACAACACAUAUUGGAGAAAAGCCUUAUUUUUGCUCUCUUUGCAAGAAGAGAUUUUCUAAGAAGAGAAAUCUUACCCUUCACAUAGUAACACAUACUAAAGAAAAACCUUAUGCAUGCUCUCAUUGUGAGAAGAGAUUUUGUGACAAAGGCACCUUAACCCGUCAUGUGACAACACAUACUGGACAAAAGCCUCAUAAGAGAUUCAGUAACAAGACCCAUUUUACCUUUCAUAUAAGGACACAUACCGGAGAAAAGCCUCAUGCUUGUUCUCAUUGUAAGAAGAGAUUUUGUACAAAGAUUGAGCUUACCCAUCACAUACGAGCACAUAUUGGAGAAAAGCCUUAUGCUUCCUCUCAUUGUGAGAAGAGACAUUCUACAAAGAGUAAUCUUACCCGUCAUAUGACAACUCGUAUUGGAGAAAAGCCUUAUGCUUGCUCUCAUUGUGAGAAGAGGUUUUCUAGAAAGGCCAAUCUUACAGAACAUUUAAGAAUACUUAAUGGAGUAAAGCCUGAUGCUUGCACUCAUUGUGAGAAGAUAUUAUCUUACAAGGCCAAUCUUACAGAACAUUUAAGAAUACUAAAUGGAGUAAAGCCUGAUGCUUGCACUCAUUGUGAGAAGAUAUUAUCUUACAAGGCCAAUCUUACAGAACAUUUAAGAAUACUUAAUGGAGUAAAGCCUGAUGCUUGCUCUCAUAGUGAGAAGAUUUUAUCUUACAAGGCCAAUCUUACAGAACAUUUAAGAAUACUUAAUGGAGUAAAGCCUGAUGCUUGCACUCAUAGUGAGAAGAUAUUAUCUUUCAAGGCCAAUCUUACAGAACAUUUAAGAAUACUUAAUGGAGUAAAGCCUGAUGCUUGCACUCAUUGUGAGAAGAUAUUAUCUUACAAGGCCAAUCUUACAGAACAUUUAAGAAUACCUAAUGGAGUAAAGCCUGAUGCUUGCUCUCAUAGUGAGAAGAUAUUAUCUUACAAGGCCAAUCUUACAGAACAUUUAAGAAUACUUAAUGGAGUAAAGCCUGAUGCUUGCUCUCAUAGUGAGAAGAUUUUAUCUUACAAGGCCAAUCUUACAGAACAUUUAAGAAUACUUAAUGGAGUAAAGCCUGAUGCUUGCACUCAUAGUGAGAAGAUAUUAUCUUUCAAGGCCAAUCUUACAGAACAUUCAAGAAUACUUAAUGGAGUAAAGCCUGAUGCUUGCACUCAUUGUGAGAAGAUAUUAUCUUACAAGGCCAAUCUUACAGAACAUUUAAGAAUACCUAAUGGAGUAAAGCCUGAUGCUUGCUCUCAUAGUGAGAAGAUAUUAUCUUACAAGGCCAAUCUUACAGAACAUUUAAGAAUACUUAAUGGAGUAAAGCCUGAUGCUUGCUCUCAUAGUGAGAAGAUUUUAUCUUACAAGGCCAAUCUUACAGAACAUUUAAGAAUACUUAAUGGAGUAAAGCCUGGUGCUUGCACUCAUAGUGAGAAGAUAUUAUCUUUCAAGGCCAAUCUUACAGAACAUUUAAGAAUACUUAAUGGAGUAAAGCCUGAUGCUUGCACUCAUUGUGAGAAGAUAUUAUCUUACAAGGCCAAUCUUACAGAACAUUUAAGAAUACUUAAUGGAGUAAAGCCUGAUGCUUGCUCUCAUAGUGAGAAGAUUUUAUCUUACAAGGCCAAUCUUACAGAACAUUUAAGAAUACUUAAUGGAGUAAAGCUUGGUGCUUGCUCUCAUUGUGAGAAGAUAUUAUCUUUCAAGGCCAAUCUUACAGAACAUUUAAGAAUACUUAAUGGAGUAAAGCCUGAUGCUUGCACUCAUAAACAUUUAAGAAUACUUAAUGGAGUAAAGCCUGAUGCUUGCACCCAUAGUGAGAAGAUAUUAUCUUUCAAGGCCAAUCUUACAGAACAUUUAAGAAUACUUAAUGGAGUAAAGCCUGAUGCUUGCACUCAUUGUGAGAAGAUAUUAUCUUACAAGGCCAAUCUUACAGAACAUUUAAGAAUACUUAAUGGAGUAAAGCCUGAUGCUUGCACCCAUAGUGAGAAGAUAUUAUCUUUCAAGGCCAAUCUUACAGAACAUUUAAGAAUACUUAAUGGAGUAAAGCCUGAUGCUUGCACUCAUUGUGAGAAGAUAUUAUCUUACAAGGCCAAUCUUACAGAACAUUUAAGAAUACUUAAUGGAGUAAAGCUUGGUGCUUGCUCUCAUUGUGAGAAGAUAUUAUCUUUCAAGGCCAAUCUUACAGAACAUUUAAGAAUACUUAAUGGAGUAAAGCCUGAUGCUUGCACUCAUAGUGAGAAGAUAUUAUCUUUCAAGGCCAAUCUUACAGAACAUUUAAGAAUACUUAAUGGAGUAAAGCCUGAUGCUUGCACUCAUAGUGAGAAGAUAUUAUCUUACAAGGCCAAUCUUACAGAACAUUUAAGAAUACUUAAUGGAGUAAAGCUUGGUGCUUGCUCUCACUGUGAGAAGAUAUUUUCCCCAAAAGCCCAUCUAAUACUUCAUACAAGAAUACAUACUGGAGAAAAAACCCUAUAUUUCCUCUCAUUGUAA